CAACCCAAUGGGCUUGUAUCUUCGGAGAGUACCAGACCAAAGGUAUCUGUUACGGAGCUAAUGGUCUUGUCAAGCCCACGCAAAGAACAGAAGAAGAAAAAACUGCCGUCGCGUCUCCUCGCCGGCGUUCUACCGAGUCGCCGCCAUGCCCGCCGCCAAGUGUCUGAUGCACUGGCACCCGAACCCCGGCGUGACGCUCAACAGCCAGAUCCUGGCGGAGGCCUGCGGCUGCGCGGAGUCCCUGGGUGGCACCAAGGACGGACGCUGGAAGACCUCCAUCAUCUUCUACCGCCCGAUGACGCGAGACGGCACGGCCGCUGGCGGCGCGCAGCAGCAGCAGCCCAACGACGUGGCCCGCGAGCUCCUUGGUGUUGCGCUCCACGAGCGCCCCGGCCUCUACUUCUCAAUCCUCCGGCCCCAGCGCCUCGUACUACAGGCCGACGCCGCCUUCCCCCUGGUCAUGGAGAAGCUCCAGUCCUACAAGGCCCGAGUCACCCUAAACUUCGAGGGAUUUCAGUAUCAACUGGGUGAUUUUUGCCUGAGGAUAGGGAAAUGUGUUCCUAACAACUCUGAAACACUCAGAGGAAUCAUGAUGGAGGUAGAGUAUUAUCCCCUAUCAUCCAUCGAAAAGUCCAGGGCAAUUAUGGAAGACUUCUUUGACAUAUGGCAGGAAACACUUGCAAAGAAGUCACUGCCUGGUCGUUUCAUCCAUGUAGAGUCUAAUUUUUCAGAUUAUGGUCUUUCAGAUAACUAUUCUUUCCAGCACACAGCAAUUCAGUAUGCUACCUGCCUGCAACAACUUAUGGCAGCUGUGAGGGCCUAGAUCUCCUGAUGAAAGUUGAGUAUAUCAUGCUGUGUAUCUUGUCCCAUGAUCCUUGUAUUAUCAACAAGUGGCAGGACCUUUAUCUUAUCUGAUGAAAUGCAACUGAUUUGCUCGUACUCUGGUUAAGUUAUCCCUUCACCUACCAGAUUUGAAAUGUUUAACUUGAUUUACCUGUAAUGGCCAUUGUUAGAAACUGAGUUACUGUGACAUGUAUUUGCAAUAGAUGCCCGGUGCUGUCUGUUUACAAACUACA